UAGUGUGCCAGACAUCGAAGUUUGCGCAUAAAAGCUGGUGAUUUCCCGGUAACAUUCCAUUCGCAGCGCAAUUGUGGCCACGGAAAGGUGAGGUCUUAAAAAUGGCAGAGAGCACGGAAAACCAGCAAGUUAACCGCACCGCACGGGAAGUGCAGCAAAACUUUGCAGAGUCGCUCGGUUACGCGGAAGAGAUAAUCUGGGAUUUGUUGUCCCAUGAACAAUCUAACGUGCUGAGAAGAAAACUCUGUGAACUGAUUCGUGAUUCUCCGCCACCGGAAACUGAAACUCCGGAAAAUAAAAAAAUCCGGUUGAAGUUAAACGCAGAUAAUGAGCGGGCCCGUCAAAUCAUUUUCGAUGCUGUUUGGGAGCAACGAAAAUAUACCAACCGUCAAUCGCUAACGGCGAUCAUUUACGUAAUGGUGGUAACUGACGAAACGGACGUUAAUCGCGCCGAGGAUUGCAGAGCUUUCAGUGUGCACCCAGUCUUUCGGGCCCGUCGCUGCGUCACUAACAGCAGUGGCACCAGCAGCGAUAGCUCGAAUUGCUGCAAUCUAUUUAUCGAUGAGGUGGGCCGGGUCUACCAAAACUGGGAACAGUAUGUGCAAACCAACGAGUUGCCCGCCGGAGUGAUGGUGGCCCCAGAGAGGGGUAUUUACCGCCUGGUCAGGGACCAAGUACGUUUGGAUAAGUACCAAACGCCGGCGGGGACCACCAACAGAAGGGUGCUUGGCUACCUGGAUACUGGUUCGGCAGUCGGAGGAUUUUUUGCAGCCUGCGUGCCUAUAGCUGCCCUACUAACGCUGCCGGUAUCCGGUCCGGUGAUGGCCGUAGCGGGAGCAGUAGGUUUGGCCAGUGCUGGAUACGCCACAACGCGUUCUGCCAGCAGGUUAGUCGAUCGCAGCCAACACGAGCAGUCUAUCAAUGUGACGGACCGUGAGGCGCGUGGUCAUUGGCUGGGCGUGACUGCAGGAGCUGUUGGAUUGGGAGCGGCUGGCGCCACCACAGCCUUGACAACGGCCACAAAUGCCGGACGCGAAGUGGGAGCGAUCACCCAACUGACUGUGAAUGGCAUGAACAUAUCCUCGAUCGUUGUUUCGGGCACUGGAGUGGCCAACGGUGUGCUGGAUCUGAUAUUGAAAGCGAAAGAUGGUGAUGACAUUACUGGAAUGGAUGUUCUGCAACUGUCCGCAUCGUUGGUGCUGCUCACGCACAGUGUCUACAACUUCAAAUUGGCUUCUACCAUAAUUAGUGAGACAAGCAAUGCUAAUAUUGCCGACUAUCGUAGAAAUCUUUCUAAUAGACAGAGGCGAUCCUUUGACAAGGCUGCCAAGGAGACCGUUCGGUUGAAGGGCAACUCUGUCGGCAAGCUGGACAUUAUACGCAACGUAAACGAAAUGUCGCCUCAGGAGUUUAAUGAUCUUUUUAAGAUCAACAAAAACUUGAAUCAGGAGGGCGUGCGAUACUCAUUUGCAUCCGAAGGCACCGGCUUUUUGCUAAAUGGCGAGGUGCAGACGACGGGAGCGGAACUGCGAGCCAGUGUACAGCAUAACCAAGGAUCGAAUGUCCUAGGCACAGUUAGUCAGCCCAUUCCCGGUAGCCAUGCGGGGUCAGGUCGCCUGCAGCUGGACGGCGUUAAUCAGGUUUCCCGACUAAUCGGACCGCUGCCCACAUCCCAUUCCCGCCAGGAACCAAGUACUUAUGCUGCCGGCGUCUUCAUCUUACAGCUGAGCUCCGUGGUGGUGAGAGGUGUGGUUUUCGCAAUGGAGAAAUACGGAACAAUCAUAUUUGAGCACGUAAUCAAUGCUGAAAGCUUUGAGCAUCUAAUCAACGGCAUGGCCAAUAACCUUGAACCAGAACUCUUUGACUUUAUUAUGAAUUUGACCCAAACCUUCAUGGACGCCAUGCUGAAUAACCUGACCUCGGUGCUAAAGUUCUAUAUAUCAACGGAGUCCGUUCUGUAUCGAAUUUUGCAGAUUGUGCAGAUUUUAAGGAACUACGAAAACAUGCCAAAUUCUGUGAUUGCGGAUCACACUGGCGAGAUCUUAAGUGCCGUCAGGGCGUACUUCCUCAGCCUAAACCCAAAUGCGUUCCCGGAUCUACUUCAAAAGUGUGCAAAGUGCGUCGGCUACUUCAGCAUUCGUCCCUUGUAAAUGUUUGAAUUGGGACUUGUGAUAAUUGUUGCCUUGUUGUUAAACCACAAAGAAAAGUUAGUUUUAUAGAAAUGUAACCAAAUAUGCGCACAAAUCUUUAUACGCAAAUAAUUAUUGACAUAUCUUACUCAAAUUGGAGCACAAAUUGACAACGAUUUAUUAGUUUUUAUAAAUAAAGAUUUCUUUUCUACUGCAGUAGAAUUUUAA